CGCCUUGGCAACCCAACUGGUGCGUGUCUACUCCAAGCCUGGGUUGGAUCAAAACAAGGUUUAUCUUCAGUUACUGUUUACAGCUCUAUUUUCUACCGACAUAUGAAAUUCAAUGGCAUGGACAGAUGAUACUUACCCACAGUUUCAGCAGUGGAACCAGGACGCACAGAAUGUGCAAAUAAUUCAACAGCCUGCUUCCCAGCAGCCCACCACCAUCCUACAGCAGCUCCAUGCUGCCGUGUCAUUUCCCACUCCCUCCAUCCGGCCAGGACACGUCAAGCAGGACCUGGUGGAGCUGAUGAUGAUCCAGAAUGCCCAGAUGCAUCAAGUCAUCAUGAACAACAUGACCAUGUCAGCCCUCAGCUCAUUUGGCUAUUCCCAGCCCCAGCUCCACCCUCUGUCUACCCCUGAGGCCAGCUGGUCCUCAGUGAUACUGCAGCAGCAGGAGGAGGAUCCAGAGGUGUACCACCAUCACUACCAGCCUGCCCCGGCCUACCUGCCCUACCCAACCUGGGUGCCUCCACCCCAGCCUCACCCUAGCCUGGUCCACCACAACACCGCUGAACCCCUGGAGCUAGCACCCUCCCCACACAGAGACACCAUCAGGAGGGCAGUCCCACCUCCUCCCCCACCCAGCGCUACCAGGACUGUGGGGGCUGACAUACCUCCAGCAACAGAGUACUAUGAUGCUACGGAAUGAAGACAGUGACAACAAGAGGAGAAAUCUACAGCAUCCAUUCAUCAUUAGCCUUAUUAUUAUGAGAUAGAAUCAUUCUAAACUUGUCAUAGUAAACAGAAAUACAUUUCAGAGGCACUGCAGUUUUGUUCUUUACAUUUACAUUUAUAUUUUAGUCAUUUUAGCAGAUGCUCUUAUCCAGAGCGACUUACAGUUAGUGAGUGCAUACAUAAUUGUUUUAUUUUUCAUACUGGCCCCCCGAAAAACUAUUAUGAAUAGUUAUUCAUAAUAUCAUGUUUAUGUAGCUUGCAGAAAUCGUAUAAUGCUCAGCAUAUUUCAGUUUUUUUUACAAAAUUUAAUGUGGGUCUUUUUAGAUUGUUGUUCCUUUAUUUUAAGUAAAGAAAAUGCCAAGUUCAUCAUUGUUCAGUAUUGUUCCAUUAUUUUAGCUCCCUUCCAGACUUGUACUGUAGCUCAGUUGGUAGAGCAUUGCACGUCUAAUGCUAGGGUAGUGGGUUCGAAU